GCAGUAGCAAAUAAAUUAGAAACAUUUCCAAUUCAAGUGGCCUGCAGUUUUCCCCUGAUUUGUCCUUAUAAAUGUUGAUCCAUUGAGCCAAGCUAAUGCAUUGGAAAUAUUUCUGACAAAGAAAUCAUGGGCCGGAGAAAAAUCGAGAUGAAAAUGGUGAAGGAUUGCAGCUCCAGACAAGUCACUUUCUCCAAGCGCCGAACUGGGCUCUUCAAGAAAGCGAACGAGCUUGCUACCCUUUGCGCCGCUGAAGUCUCCAUCGUGGUUUUCUCCCCCGGUGGCAAGCCUUUCUCGUUCGGGAACCCGAGCGUCAAGGCGGUUACGGACCGCUUUCUAAAUCAGGAUGGGAAGAUGAAAGUUUCUAUUCCGGUUCAUGUUGUUGGUCAGUCUCAGCGAGAGGCUGAAGUUGGAAGGCUCAGUCGACAACUCAACACCAUUCUCAAGCGGCUGCAGGCGGAGUCGAAGCGAGAAGAGGUGCUCAUCGAGGCGAUCAGGGUGAGUCGCCGGAAACUCAAGCACCAAAACCCUAUUAAUGAACUCAACCCGAAUGAGCUUUUGGAGAUGAAGGAAUCAAUGGAGGAGCUUUGUGAGAAUAUCAGAGGGCGUGUUAGCGAGAUUGAAGCUUCGUCUUCAUUGCUGCUGUUGUCGAACAUUGCUGUCAAACAAGCUUGAAUCAUAAAUAACUCAGUAGUCACAGUUGCUAAAAUUCAAAUAUCUGAAAUCAAAAUAUGCAAGUAGAUGGUGGUUUGUUCUUGAAUAGAAUUUGAUCCUAAUUUCUCUAAU